AUGAGCCAGGCCAAGCAGCUCUAUGAGCUCAAUGCGAACUCAGCAGAGACCAGAAGGAUCGGUAUAGACCAACGCCAGUCUACGCUGAUAACUUUCUCGGAGAACGAUCCCGACAAUCCUCUCAAUUGGCCAACAUCUAGAAAAUGGAUCAUCACGCUAAUUGUCUCUCUAUCGGUAUUCCUCAUGCCGCUAUCUUCGUCAAUUGUUGCACCCGAACUGAGUGCCAUCAGAGAUGAUCUUCAAAUGGGCAGUUCCACAGAAGCCGUACUCUUGCUUUCAGCUUUUGUACUCACCUAUUGUCUCGGGCCUCUUCUACUGGGACCACUGAGCGAGAUAUACGGCAGAGUCGCGGUCUUACAUUUCGGCAAUUCGUUCUACCUGGUGUUUAACCUGGUCUGCGGCUUCGCUCGCAACAAAGGCGAGUUACUUGCGUUCCGAUUACUAGCUGGCUUCGGAGGUGCUGGUGGGCUUGUUGUCGGUGCUGGUAUCAUCAGCGAUUGCUUCUCUAAAGAGGAGCGUGGCUGGGUCAUCGCCAUAUACAAUCUCGGGCCAGUCUUUGGUCCUUCCAUCGGUGCUGUGAUCGGUGGAUUUAUAACCCAGUAUACAACGUGGCGCUGGGCAUUUUGGGCAACUUCUAUCUUCGACGGCGCCUUGAUCGUCAUCGGUUUGGUGUUGAUGAAGGAAACGUAUCCACCAAUUAUCCUAGCCAGAAGAAAGCAGAAACUUGACAGCCCGGAGCUGUUCAGAACCCCUUACGAAAACCCGGAUCAAAGUCUCGCUCAGCUAUACCGCAAUUCCCUUCUCCGACCUCUCCUUCUCCUACGCAUCCAGCCUAUUAUACAACUCCUUGCCCUCUUCUAUGCCUACCUCUACGGUUUGAUGUAUCUUGUUCUCUCGACAUUCACCACACUAUGGCGCGAGAAAUACCACCAACCAAUCGGUGCAUCGAGUCUGCACUACCUUGCUCUGGGAAUUGGAUAUUUUCUGGGCUCACAGGUUUGCGGGUUUCUCGCAGACCCAAUUUACCGGAAAUUGAAAGCAAACGACAGCGGGAAACCAGAAUACCGCGUCGUUCUGAUGUUGCCAGCCUCGAUUCUUGCUCCGGUAGGUCUCCUCUGGUACGGUUGGGCGGCACAGGCUGGGACGCAUUGGAUUGUGCCUGACCUGGGGAUUGCGUUGUUUGCAGGGGCUGCUAUGAUUUCUUUCCAGUGCACCACAGCGUAUCUGUAUGAGGCUUUUACAUUGUAUGCAGCCAGUGCGACGGGAGCUGUGUACAUUCUGCGCGGAUUGACUGGGUUUGGAUUUCCUCUUUUUGGUCCUGCCAUGUACCAAAAGUUGGACUUUGGCUGGGGAACGACGGUGAUUGCGUUGGUCGCUGUUGUGCUAGGCUUCCCUGUGCCGGUCAUUCUGUGGAAAUAUGGAGAACGACUCAGGGCGAAGAGUGAAUUUGCUGCUGGGUGA